AAACUUAAAUCAAAAGUAAUAAAAAAAUGAAUAACAAAAUACUACUAAACUGAGGCGGAAGACGAAGCGAGUAAGUGAAGAAGACGCGAAGUCAUUCUCGCCGGUUGGUGCCGACGGAACUAAGCACGCCGCUCGCCGGAGUUCGCCGGCGGCGAGGUGGGGAAGCGGGUGAAGGGCACGCCUCUCAACGAGGGCAUGGGCUGCUCCAUCUCGGGGCUCAACGCCCUCUACGACGCGGCGACGGGCGGCGGCGACGUGUGGAUCAACGACCGCCGCUUCCGCGUCCUGCGCCAGAUUGGCGAGGGCGGCUUCGCCUUCGUCUACCUCGUCAGGGAGCACCACCCGUCCUCCGACGACGCAUCGCGCGGCCGCCACCCUUCCAACGCCUCAGAUGAUGGGACAUAUGCCAUGAAGAAGGUGCUGAUACAGAGCAAGGAACAGCUCGAUCUGGUGAAGGAGGAGAUUCGCGUGUCGUCGUUGUUCAACCAUCCCAACCUGCUGCCACUUCUUGAUCAUGCCGUGAUAGCAGUUAAGAGUCAACAGGGAGAUUGGAACCAUGAAGCCUACUUGCUCUUCCCUGUCCAUAUCGAUGGUACUCUGUUUGACAAUGCCAAAGUCAUGCAGUCCAGGAAGGAGUUCUAUUCAACAAUCAAUGUUUUGCAAAUAUUCCAACAGCUCUGUGAAGGACUGAGGCACAUGCACAAUUUUGAUCCACCAUAUGCCCAUAAUGACGUCAAGCCUGGCAAUGUUCUUAUAACUCACCAAAAAGGACAAGCACCUCUUGCAACUUUAAUGGAUUUUGGAAGUGCAAGGCCUGCAAGAAAAACAAUCCGUUCUCGUUCUGAAGCAUUACGGCUACAGGAAUGGGCUGCUGAACAUUGCUCCGCGCCUUACCGUGCACCUGAAUUGUGGGACUGCCCAAGUCACGCUGAUAUUGAUGAGAGGACAGACAUCUGGUCUCUAGGAUGCACCCUUUAUGCUAUCAUGUACGGUGUUUCACCGUUUGAGUAUGCUCUCGGUGAAUCUGGAGGAAGCUUGCAAUUAGCCAUCGUCAAUUGCACUUUGAAGUGGCCGGCAGGUCCCAGCCCUCCUUACCCUGACGCACUUCAUCAGUUUGUUACCUGGAUGCUUCAGCCGCAACCUGCCAUGCGCCCUCAAAUCGAUGACAUUAUUCUUCACGUUGAAAAACUUAUGGAGAAAUAUUCGUCUUAAGCCAACUGCACAUUCUCUUCUGACUUGUUUACACAGUUACUCAAAUGAAUAUAUUGGGAAUUACGAACAUUGUUCAUGCUUGAGGCUAUUCCUUUAAGACUGAGUAGGCACAGCUUUAUUCUUUAUUAAUCUUUUGAGACUAACUGACAUUCUCCUAACGUAUGUUGGUUAUGUCACUCAGUUUACUUGUACAAUAUAUUUAGUGAAUGCCACAUGUUACAAGUUACAACCUCCA